AUCACGUGACCCAUGGUGCGAUCAGAACUAAGCGGGAAGGAUUUGUUUCUGAGAAAGAAACAACGAAAAUAAAAAAUCCGUGUGAUUAAAAUAAGAGUAUUUCUGUGACUCAUUCAGGGCAACUAGAGCUAACAUUUCUCUAUUAUUUGACUCUUGUCUUUGAUCUUUUUUUAAAUAUGAAAAGUAUUAAUAUAUGAAAGAUUCAAUACUAAAAUUUUAUUUCAUGGACUUUUAAUUAAUACACAGUUGGUGCCGGUACGCAAAGCCCCAAAGCCAGGCGUUUUCUUGCGUUCUUAACUGCAGAAACGCAUUCACCGGACAUCUACAACUGGUUAUUCCUCCUAUUAAAAAGUGGCAGGUCAAAUGAAGUCAAUUAAGGUGGGGGCAAGAGCCGCUGUUGAUGUGUGACUGACAUUCGAGGCACAAGUAGCAUUCGAUGAAGUUUCACUCACAAGGAGUUUGUGCUCAUUCUAUUUCUGUGUGUGCCAAGGAAAAACUUUCUGGAGAAAAAGACUCAAAUGGUGCUAUUUUACUAACAAGGCGCAAUGGCAGCUAAUACAAUUAGUGAAUACUGGAACUUUUUGCCUGCCUAUAUUCUCAGACCAAGACAUUCGAAACAUUCUACCGAAUCGUCCAGCUACUCCUGGGGCAGUUCUACCUUCUCUCUACGCACUGGGUCAUACUUCACUGAGACAGCGGUGCGACAAGAGACCAGAGGGGCUCCACCCCUCCCACCUCCAAGAAAAAUAAAUGCUGCUCAGCAGCUAGCACCGCGCAAGGCUAAAACCGGCACAGGCAAUUUGGUGAGCCUUAGAAAAAAGCUUCGUGUCAAAGAGUUGUCUCACUCUAGAGAUUCCAACUAUCAUCAAAUAAAACAAAGAGGUUUACUUUGUCAAAGGCGAGUUCUAGCCAUCUUUAGCGUGUUCACAUUUAGCGUUUCACUGUGCACAGUUUUACUGUUAGGGUUUCAGAUUUCUGUGUUGUUUAGAAAGCUACUACCUGAAGCUAUACAUCAACGGGAGGACGCAAUUACCAGACACUACAAUAGUUCGAAUGAAGACUAUCUUCCAACAAGCACAGUGACAGCAAGACAAAAGAGUAAAUUGCCAAAACAAAUUACUAAUACAUUGGUGAUAGGAUACGCAUAUUUCAAGUCUUUUUCAAGCUCGGAGAAUUGUUCUAUGGGGGAGAAAAAGCUAACUAUUGACUAUGUUAACCAAAGCCUUACUCAGCCAGGAUAUGUCUACAACAUGAAUGCUAAUGAGCAGGGACUGACCAUUAUUACUUCUGGAUAUUAUUACGUCUUUUCAAGUAUUUUAUUUUACAUAGAGAAAGAACCAUCAACAAAAGCAGAGCCGUGGAAACAUUUUAUCAAAAAAGGUUCGAAAGGAAUUCUUUCAACAAUGUCUGAGGCAUCCUACACUUGUGGCUUUAACUGUUCAAAAACGAAUCGAUCUAGUUAUCUAGCUGGACUUUUCCACCUGUGUCGUGACGAUGUCAUAAAGGUCCACGUGUGUGGUAUUAUGUCGAUGUACAAUCAUUUCAACUCUACAUACUUGGGUCUCUUUAGAACUUCAGAAACUCCGGACGCUAUGUGUUUCAAGUCGUAAUCCAGUGGUGCUGCAUGUAUAUAUGUAAACAUAUCUAUGUCUUUAAAAGUCUGAAAGGUAAACGUGGGACUUCAAAAUGAGAAACGUUUCUUUUAAGACAUUCCUGCCGCCUGUUAUAACAAUUGAGGAUAGCCAGGUGGGACUUUUGUACUUUUAAUCGUAGUUUCAAGGCUAGAAUUCAAUUAUUGAAAUGUUUGGUUUGAGAACAUUGUGAUGAUAUUUUAAAGUUAUAUGUAUUUAUAUAAAUAUAAAUUUCAUAGUAGGUUGAAGAGUGAAGUAAUUGUUUAUUUUUCAUAACUUAAAAUUAAAAUUAAAUUCUUUCCUAAAACUAAAUAGAAUUGCUAGAUUAACACUUGAAUGACGCUAAAAUUGUACUUUGGAAAGGUCAUUCCUUAUUAAAUAGCAGACUUUAAUCAUGCUGAGUGAAUUAACUUGUCAUUAAUUAAAAAAGAAACUAUUAUCAUAAAAGUUAAAAAAAUAUGUCAGCGAUUUUCAUUUCUCUAUCAAUUGUUACAUUUAAAGACGGCUGUAUGUACUAGUAACUUAAAUAUUUACUUCACACGCCUGGAGUUCAGAGUAACGCCUCAAACAAUAUUUACUUCCCACGCCUGGAGCUCGGAGUGACGCCUCAAACAAUAUUUACUUCACAUGCCUGAAACUCGGAGUGACGCCUCAAACAAUAUUUACUUCACACGCCUGGAGUUCUGAACGAAGCCUCAAACAAUAUUUACUUCACACGCCUGGAGCUCGGAGUGACGCCUCAAACAAUAUUUACUUCACAUUUUUGUACAAAAUGUCUUCAAGCCAGGCGUAUUCUAGGAAUAAGAACUAUUCGAAGUCAUUGGAGAUCCACGCCACACAUGGAGUCAUGCACGGAGUUAUUGAAUGAUACAUUUAGAAGCAUCCCUCUGAAGUUAUAUAUUAUAUUUUUCUUAAGACUGUCUCACGCGAAUGUUCCCUUGUCACCAACUCUUGAUAUUGCCUAGUCUUCCAUUGCUGUUUUUAUUUUUCACAAAUAAAAAAACAUUUAAAAAAAAAAAAUUAUAGUUUUGAUGGAAACAUGAGGAAGAGUAUUUAAUGUUGGUCAAAUAGAUAAGGAUGUUGUUUUAUCGUUGUAUGUUAAAGAGUAAUUACGGUUGGUUGAUGCUGUAGCCUGAGCAAGAAGAUUGGUUCUGCUGAAGUACAUGUAUGUACGUGCCUUUAAUUGACUGUAUGUAUUCAAGUAUGGACAUGGAGAUCUAAGUUUUAAUUCAAAGUCUUAUCUUUUUAGUUAAAGACUGAAGAAAUAGAGCUGCUAUGUAAAAAUAUAAAUAUCAAGGUAUUAAUAAACGUGAAAGCUGUACAAACAG